GUUUUCGUUUAUUUUCAUCUACGUUGACGAUUUUCAUAUCAAAUUAUUCGUUUUUCCAUACAUAAUUAAUUUGCAUUUCACAGCCGGUUCAUUCAGUCAUUGCUGAGAAUGAUCCUCUUUAAUUUAUUCGCAGUUAAAUUUCAUUCCGAAAUGAAUUUUACUCCGUGUCUGUGUCGUACAACUUUGUAACAUACGUUCUUCCACUCUUCCUUCAGAUUGAACUUCGUACUUCGCUGGGUAAAUGGCGAAAGUAAUUUUGAAAAAUUCAACAAGUAACAAGGAUAACGCUAAAUACGGCCAGAAUGCAGAAUGGUUAAAGUUAACAGUAUCGACUAGUUUUAUAAUCUUCGUGUACUUCAUAUUUUCCAUCGGUUUAACCUUCUAUCAACGUUGGUUCCUGUUGAAAUAUAAACUUCCAUUGACUGCUGUAUCAUGUCAUCUCGUUAUAAAGUAUUUCCUAGCCGCCGUAUUCCGGCGUAUAUUUCAAUGUAUCACCGGCAAGAAGAGAAUAUCGUUGAAUUGGACGACGAAUUUUACGAAACUGGCUCCUAUAGGAUUUGCCGGAGGAAUGGACGUGGCGUUUUCUAAUUGGGGAUUGGAGCUUAUAACUGUAUCUUUAUACACGAUGACUAAAUCUACUGCGAUUGUUUUUAUUCUACUAUUCGCACUUAUUUUUCGUCUGGAGAAAAAGUCAUGGGGCAUAUUUCUGAUUGUAUUUAUGAUUUCUGGAGGCUUAUUUAUGUUUACUUAUAAAUCUACCCAAUUCAAACUAAGUGGUUUUUUACUUGUAUUGUUGGCGUCUUUCAUAAGUGGUCUUCGUUGGACUUUGACUCAAUUUGUCAUGCAGCAGAGUAAUUUAGGGUUACGAAAUCCUAUUGAUAUGAUGUACCAUAUUCAACUGUGGAUGUUCCUUUUAAUUUGGCCUUUCUCAAUUCUGAUGGAAGGUUCUUUAGUCGUUGAUGAAAUAAGCGUCAAAAAAAAUACGUACGAGUUGGCUGUUCUCGUUAUUAGCGGAUCUUUGAUAGCUUUUGCUUUAGAAGUCACUGAAUUUUUAGUCGUAUGGCAUACAUCUAGUUUAACAUUCGCUGUCUCCGGUAUUGUAAAAGAAGUCUGCACGGUUGUCUUAGCUGUAGAAUGGAACGGUGACGCGAUGACUCUAGUCAAUUUUUUCGGACUAUUAUUAUGCAUAGGCGGCGUUAUAUGUCACGUAAUUCAUAAAGCGCAGAAUGUCAAAGACGUCCAUCAGAAAAUAAUAAACGACGAAGCUUCGGCUGUUUUCCUUCCAAUUCCUAACGAUUCUUCGGAAGAAGAUAUAGGCAAUUUCGACGACGACUCUUCCACCGAAGUAUUAUUCAAUGUUUUACAAAUCGGAGAAAAGCCCAGAUAGUCGACAGCGUAACAAAUUCACAACGUCGAUUACCAACAAGUCAAGCAAAAAGCGUUACCGAUUGAAACGCCUUUCUCGUUAUUCUGGGAUCGUAAAUUUCCGUGUUAAUUCUAGUCAUAUGAUAGAUUAUAUACUAUGUUUUUCUCAUUGAGUACCUAUUUGAACCGCUCGGGCGAGAGAUUUUUCAAUGCAUUUAUUUUCGAUUUGCUAAAUUUUCAUUAGCGAGCGGUAUUUCCUUGACGAGGAAUUUCCUUAUCGGGCGUAAACAAAUUUCAUUCCGAAUAAAGUAUUAUUUUAACGGACCCUUUUCGUAAUAUAAUUACUAAUAUAAAGAGAUAUAUCAUAUCCGUUUCGAGAUAUCACAUUUAUACACUGUCUGUCGACCUUGAAUAUUUUAUAACGUUAUAUCAUUUUUUUGAGUAACGAAAAUUUACACAAUUUUCUGCGAUCUGAAAUACAACAUUGUUACCACUUUACAUUGGCGAAGUGCUGUAAAACGAGUACACUUAAUUUAUACAUUCCAUUUUUCUUUUCUUUUUUUCUAGUUUUUAACUAUACUUACCUCACUUUAUUCCGUAUUUCGUUUUCUUCCAUGAAAUACAAUGUAUAAUUAUUGUUAGUCGAUAAUUUGUACAAGUUUUGUACUAAAAAGUUUACCAAUUUCGUACUGGGCCUAUGUUUAUAUUUUCAUUUGUUGUGACCUUUUUUUUUAUAUACAUAUAUAUCCGUUGAAAAAUUAUGUGAACUGCUUUUUUUUUUAAUAUAGAGAUCUCUUAGCAACGAAGUACGUUAAUUUUUUUCACGUUAUGUUCAUGAUCGUUUGUAAUAAAUCGUCUAAAAAUAUGAUUUCUAAUUUUCAGUUGUUAUAAGAUCACUUGAAAAAAGCACUUGCAACUAGUUACCUGAAAAUACUUAAACCGAUGUAAAACGUGUACAUUUGUAGAUUUUUUUAAGAUGUCGAAUACAAAAUAAAUUUUGCUCUAGGAA